CACUCCCCCAGGUGAAGCACUCUUCCCUGUUACGCACUCUUCCCUGUUACACACUCCCCCCAGUGCGGACCCCCGGCAGGUGAUGCACUCUCCCCUUUCACACACCACACGCCCCCGCCAAGUGAGAACCUCCCACGGUGCGGUGCGUGCCCCCCCCAUGCACACGCCCGCAGAUGAGACCCCCCGGCAGGUGAAGCACUCUCCCCUUUCACACACUGCCCAGGUGAGAACCCCCCCGCAGGUGUGGUGCAUGCCCCCCCAUGCACACUCCCUCAGGUGAGAACCCCUGCCUUGUCACACACUCCCUCAGAAGAGACAUUCUUCCCAGCUUCUCUCACACACUCCCCCAUGUGAGACCCCCAUCCCCUUCAUACACUCCCCGGGUGAGAAACUUAGGUGAGAUGCUUCCCCUCCCAGAUACAGUGCCCCAGGUGAGAUGCUCAUGCACUCCCCAAGGUGAAACCCCCCUGCAGGUGAGACCUUGCUUGGUGCUGUCCUCUCUGUGCCCUCGCAAUGAUCCCCACAGCAACAUCUGUAAGUCUUUAUUACUCACUGGGGUGCUGACAUUAUUUUCGAACUGCGAAAUAUCUGCAAGAAUGUUCAGAAACGAGUAUCAGGGUGGCCCAUUUGUUGAAAUAUUCAGUGCUCAAGGCAAGAAUCCAGGAGCAAAAUGGAAGAUCUAUGGCAGUCCAUCAGCAAUUUGGAAAGAAUUUGAUAAAGAAGUAAAAGGCUUUGUUUUUGUCCUUGAAGGAAGCAGUCAAACAAACAAGAUUCAGCUACCAAAGGAAACUAGACAAACUCUUGGACUGAUCCAGCGGUUUCUGGUACUUCAGAUUUAUGUGCCAUUGGGACAAGACUUCUCUACUGAAUUGCUGGUAACUGAUUUAGGAAACAUUAAAAGAAGAUUGUAUUUAUCAACGGUCCAUAAGGAGUUGUCUGUAACCCCUCUGCAUGCAAAACUUCCUCUUUUUAUGAUCAAACGCAAAAUAUGGUGCAAUUUGUGCAUUGACUUGGUAGCAUUCACCAGUGAAAUAUUCAAAGGAGCUGUUUUCCAGUCUUUGGAUGGAAUUAUCAUCUCGGCUAACUGUAAACUGAGAAAGAUCUUCACUUUGAAAUCAAAGCCUCAAGAUACAGCUGAGGAAGAUGAUAUAUUUGGUCUUCCAUUCACAGCUAAUGACCCCACAGAUACUAUUCCUCGAACCUGCCAGGUAAAUACAGAUGUGCCACAAGUCACACAACUGCUGAACAUGACUAAACUUCGCCAACCAGAAAUAAGAUUUGGAGGUCGUCCCUUAACUUCAUCAGAAUCAGUAGACCAGUUAAUUAAUAGAGGACAAGGCAGUACACACAACAGUAAAAAUCAAGAUGUGUCUCACAUUGCAUUUGGAUCCAAGGUCCUCGGUCCACCUCCACCUUCUGGCAGAAGAUUCAACACAAGGGUAUCUGGAGAGAUAACAAAGUCCUUGGGUAGCCGAAGUAGCAGAUCAUGCCAACAACUGACAUUAGAAAAAGGAAGCAAGUCAAUAAGAGAUACCAAGAGGUCUGGACUGUCUCCCUCACCGUUCUGUAAGGCUUUUGAUCAAGGGGACAAAGAAAAUAUUCACCAGACAAAUCAGAUUACAAGUCAAAAUGAUGACUGGGUAUUUCCUGAAAAUUGCAGUGACAGUUUUCAGAUGGAGUCUGAUGGACAGUCAGUAGCUACCCACAAUACAUCCUGCAAUAAUUUAUCCCUGCCACUGAAUACUGACGUUGACAGUGAAAGCAAGCAAACAGGCGAACACCAAAUAAGCCAUAAAGAGAUUUUCACAUUUUCGUCGCGGCCUCGAUCAGCUCCUCAUGGGAAGUCCCCGAAUAUGUCGCCAGAAGGCUGCAUGUCUCCUUUGGAGUUAAAUGAAAACAGUGAUGGGGUCUGUAGAGAAGCCCCAAUGGAAGGUGACUUUUUUGGAAGUGACAGCAAUGAAGAGGAUGACCCCAGUGAAUUCAUCCAAGGUGCUUCAAACCUCAAAACCAGCCACAGUACAUCAGGGUCAUCUGAUUCGACAGUUUUUAAAGGGAUUCCAUUAAAGAUGAUGUCAGGGAGUCCUGAGUACUGGAAGUAUAAAGGAUAUAGCAAACAUAGCUGCCUGAAAACACUAUCCUCAACCCCACAAGAUUCGGUUGUGAAAAAAGUAGAGCCUGAUAACAUUCCAAGAUGCUUGAUGCCUACCCCCUGUCUUUCUCCAACUGGAAGUAAACCUGAAUUCUCUAAGGAAAGCCCAAGCACCUUUGAAAAAACAAAGGAUACAUCAGUGAGUGAAUUAAGAGCAUCAAUAAGUAAAAAGUCCCUCAAAGAAAUCUUACGAGAGAAUUCAAGUCUGAAAGCUGAGACUCCUGAGUAUGAUUGGAGAAACUACCAGCCAAGCAUAUUGAGUGCAUCUGAACUACAGAUGUUGGCUAGUAUGAAGAGACAACAAAAUGAAGAGCUAGAGGAUAAUGGGAUCUCACACGGACUGAGUGCAUCUCAGAUUGACAACUGUAAUGUCAGCAUCAGUACAAGCAGUGAUGAAACAACAACCUGGAACUCUUGUCUCCCCCCACCUGUCAAUCAAGGUCAUCACUAUCAGAAAGAAAUGAACCCACUUGCUCAUUCCAAUCCAAGGGACUGGUUAAAUGUGUUCAGCCCCCCCAUAAUUCUUCCAAGCCAAGAGCUAGCAAAGCAUAUUGAAGCUUCAGCAAGUCUAAAUAUUCCAGGUGAAGAUGACUUCAGUGCUGAGGAGGAUGAGGAAGUUCUGACUCUUUUGUAUGAUCCAUGUCUAAACUGUUACUUCGAUCCAGAAACUGGAAAAUACUAUGAAUUGGCUUAGCUAGUUCAUGGUUCAGAGAAUAUUGCUCUCCAUCAGAACAGAAUUAACAUCUAUUUCUCUGGAAAGUAUGAACUAGAAUGUAACAUUUUAUUGCAUAAUUUAAAAAUUUGAAUCCGUAAGUCAUUUUGCAAGCAAGUGAAUAUAUUUUACAGAUAACGUAACAUCUUAUUUUUGUAGUUUUGUAUUGUUAUAAUACAGUAGAACAUCACAGCGCACAAACUCUCGUGGCUUUGACAGUUGUUUGUGAUACUAGUUUGUUUUAUAUUAAAUAUUGAAAGAUUCUGUUUAUGAACAAAUUAGGUGGAAUCCAAAGGUUUUUCAGUGUUAAUAUGUAAAUUAUGGCUUCAUAGAAAGAAAAUGUAUCUUUUCAUUUCUGGCUUAUCAGAUGUUUGUUUAAAUGGAUUCUACGAUACCUUAACUUUGUACUCGAAGAAAUGGAGUGUGAUGUUCAAAGGCAUGUGCUUUAUGGGCUCUCUCUCUUAUUCACUAGAAAGAACAUCAUUUUCCUUCCUCUCCGGGAAAGUCUCUGUCCUGAUUAAAUGGCAUUAUAGGAGCUGCUUUUGAGAAAUCUUAUCCGCUUAUAAUCCUUAUAAGGUUACUGUAAUACACUGGAUUGCUGCUAGCAGAUUUAAAGCCUCUUCAUUUCGUAUUUUUGGAUAAUGUGAAUGUUUCUUGGGUUUUGUCACAAUCCCCUCUAUCGACAGUUUGGCACAGAGGUACAAAAUCCAAACUCUCAAGUGGUACAAUGCAAUGCUGUUCAAAGCUGACCCAGUACGUGCAUGGUCAAGCUGUGAAUCCAAACCACAAUAGAGAUUUGCUAUCUGACUGGAGAACUCCAUGAUCCCAAAGUGUAGUGAUUAAUCUCACGUCACAGAUUCCCUCUUCCAAAGGGUGGGGGUGGGGUUCCACCUCUCGAUAAGCAGAGCUCUGGAUAGAAGUGGGUUACUAGGGAGGAAGCUGUGUGCAGCACUCAUGCGUGGAGAUGCACUCUGGGCGCACGUACAGCUGCUGUGUUACACCUCCCAGCAAAAGAUGGGAUCUGAUUAAACCAAGUUGUAUUUUUUGCUCUGUAAUUACUCUGGGGAAGUUCUCUGGCCUGUGUUACACAGGUGCUCAGGCCACAUAAUCACAAUGGUCCCUGCUGGCUUUCGAAUCCGUUAAAAAGUUACUGAUUUGGAUUUACCCACAUUUUGUACUUUCUAGCUUAUGUAGCCAUGUAUUUUGCUUUCUUCCUGCAUCUUCCCUCCUGUUGUGUGUUGCUCACUUGUUUCACCUUGCCUUAAAUUAGGCUAUAAGCUUUCAGAGCUGGAUGCCCUGUCUAUGUGUCUGAAUUUGAACAGCACCGAGCACAAGGCGCCCCCCAAUCCUGAUUGCGAUUGCUUUACUCCCAGGGCAUUUCCCAAGGGAUCUAAAGACAUUUCUAGUGUUCUGACCCUCUGCUUGAUUAUAUCUGUGCUAUAGCAGUCAUUUGCAAGAUGAUUACUCUGUGAAUUUUUGCUAAGAAUAAAGCAUUCUAAGGUCAGGUUUAGGUUACAACUGGCAAGUGAUUGAAAAUGGUAUGUCUCUAAAUUAUUUGUAAUUAUGGAUCCCAGUUAAUGAACAUCCUGGCAUCAAUAGAAAAUGCAGUUGUUAAUAGGAGCUUGGCAUAAGAUCAGAUCAUGUAGUUGGCUUCCUUGGCAGGCUUAAGCGUAUCAUCACAAAUUGAUUCAAGUGAGCGUGCCAACAGAAUCUGCAGGAAGACAGAUACUGUACUGAUGUAAUUCACUUACCCUGUGUCAACAUAUUUCUGCCAACCAGUUUUAGACCCUUCUUUUGUGACUCCUAUAUUCAAUUUAAAUGUGCAUUGGAAUUAUGUUUCUGACCUUUGAGAAUUGCCUUGGCUGAUCCUCACUUAUGGGAUAGUCACUUCCUUGCAGAUACAAGAAGAAAAGG